AUGGAUCAAGAUCAACAUUUACAAAAAUUACAAGAAAAGAGAAAGAAUAGAGAGACGAAUGGCAGAAAGGGAGCCAAGUUUGGACCAAAGAAACGGUCUGAACUCGAUCGUCAAUUAGAGGUUAUCAAAUACAAUGCACGUGUCAUUGGUAAUCUGAACAAACGUGAGACGGUAUUGUUUGGCGAUGCCAACACUGCAGGUACCGUAGACUAUGACUCUAUCUUGGAUCUCGGAAAGGAAGGUCUCAGAGAGUUGACUAAACUCGACUCUCGUUUCAAAUCGUUUGAAAAGAACCUCUUUGCCAACAGUUCACGUGACGAGAAUCGUAUGAUGAUGACAAAGGAUCAAACCAAGGUACUCGACGAGAGUAUCGACAGUUUCUUGCGUCUCCUCUCUGCCUACUACCUCUUGAUGCCAGCUCAACAAUGUCUCGAAUGGCUCAUUCGUCGUUACCGUAUCAACGAGUUUAACCUCGACCAACUUUUAAUGUGUACUCUUCCAUACCAUCAAUCAAAUGCUUUUGCUCAAUUAUUAAGUAUUUUACGUUAUGAGAGUGAUAAGAAAUGGAGAUUUUUAAUUGUAUUUAGACAUAACAAGGUUACUAUUACAAGAGAUUAUUUGGUUGGAUUGUUACACAAGAAUGCAUUCUUUUUGGAUUUGGUGUGUUCGACCAUUCUCAAAUACGAAAAAACCAACACUCUCAACAAGACAAUGAUUUCAUUCUUUACAGCUUUAAUGGUCGAUGCCGUUUCAGUUGGUACUUUGACCGAUCAAUUUAUUCGUACUGUUUUACCAUGUCUAAACUUUUCUCUUAAAAGUAAAAAUUUAGAUUUACAACUUGGAUCAUUUAUGAUUCUUAGUAAUAUUGCAUCAAAAGUUCAAUUUUCCAAAGAUGUUUUGGAGUUAUUAAUUCGUAAUACUUUACUUAACCAUAGUACAUCUAUUACUGCAUCAUUUACAUUUUUAUUGGUAUUAUUCCAAAGACAAAACUUUAAAUCAUUAUCAAAUUCAAACCUUGAAUUAUUAGUUUCAAUUCCAGCAUUAAAAGAAAUAAUGUUAGAUUUACAUUCACAAAACAAAUCAUUGGAUAGAAUGAUUACAUUGAUGGUAGUUUAUUUAUGUGAUUCAUUUGAUAUUAAUGAAAAUAGUAGAUCAUUGUUGGAAUUGUUUGUCAAGGAUUUACCAACAAGCGAAAAGAUUCAUCAAAUUAUUGUAUCUAGACUUUUGAAUAGAUAUAUUAAUAAUUUCCAAAAAAUAGAUUUACAAGACAACCAAAAUGAAAAUGAAACAACUGAAGAGAAAAAACAAUCGUCAACUGAUUCUUCUUCUGCUUCUGUUGAUUCGAUGGAAAUUGAUGUAGAAGAAAAGGAAUCUAAAAUGUCAGAGAUUAUUCAUUUUAUUGAACCAAGAUUGGUACAAGAGAUUAUCAACUCUACCCUUUCAACAAACAUGUCAAACCAACAACAAGACAAACAAAACCUUGUUUUAUCGUUCCAAGAAAAGGUGUUUGCCCAAAGAGUCGUAUCUUCUAGCUCGGCCACCACACUCUAUCUCAAGUUGCAAUCGCCAGUCAUUGAAAACCGUCUCUCUGGUCUUGCCAUUCUCAAGGAGCAGAUUGAAAAGGGUGCUUCCGAUGUCACCUCUUUUGCCAAUGUUCUUGGGGACCGUCUCUCUGACGAAGACGACAAUGUCACCUUGGCAGCCUGGGGUCUUCCCAACCUCGUCCAAUUGUUUGGAGGUAAUGGAAGUACCUUGGUCAACGCUGCCGGCGAGUGCUUUGCCAUGGGAUCUCUGUCCACCUCGACCAAGGUAUUUGUCCUCGACACUUUGAUCAAGAUCCAAAGCACCCAUCCAUUUGGCCAAGACACUUCCAACCGUCUCUGUCAAAUUCUUUUGGAAAACUUGGUGUUUGGUAACAAAAAGGAUCAAGAUGAAAUCAAGUUGCGUACCACCAUUCUCAAGUCAUUCAAUGAUAUUAAAGAAUGUUCACCUUAUUUCCGUAUCUCUUCCACUCCUACCUCACCCAUCACCAGUAACCUAUUACUCGUCAAAUCUCUAUCUGCCAACAUUACCAAGCAAUCAAGUAAUCAAGAUAACAUCCAAUUAUUCAAAUCCAUUUUCAUUCAAUCAUCUGAAAAUUAUCUUUCAAAUGAUAAAUUAAUUAUUCUCUUAUCAAUUUCAAAUUCAAUUUUUAAUUUAAAGAGCAAAGAGGAAAAGAUUGAAUUUACAAAUAUUAUAAUUGAAUUUUUAAAGAUUUAUUUAAAGGAAUGUUUGGAAGAUUGUAAUACUGAUGGUAUUAUUGAAAAUGAUAUUACAUUGGAACAAAUUUGUAAUGAAAUGACAUUGUAUGAAGAGGAACAACAAGACAAUGAUUACUAUGUCCACGCAUUGUUUUAUUGUAUCGAUGUUGUGAUUAACAGUUUUACACCAAUCGAAUCGUCGGAAUUGUUUAUCAAGGAGCUUCAAAACUUGAAUGCUGGCAUGUCAUUUACCAGUGCCACCACCAAAUCAAAUAAUGUUACCAAUCAUCUCAUCCAUAUCCUCAUUUCAUUAUUUAAUUUAUUGUUCGAAUCAAUGACAACUCUAACUCAACACUCUGAUAAUUUAGAAUCUUUCCUUCAACAAAUUAUCAAACGUUAUUUACCAAAUCAUAUUGUUUUAUUAAAAUUCUUAUCAAUCUUUUGGUCUGAUAAAUUAUUUAAUUCAACAAUUCAAGAAACAGCAUUAUCAUUAUGUAAUUGUUUCCUUGAAUCAAAAUCAUUUAAGAAAUAUUCAAUGAAUCAAUCGAUUUUAUGUUUAUUCCUUUUACCAUUGGUAUCAAGUCAUAGAAAUGUUAGAGAAGCUGCUGGACAAUGCAUAAAGUCUAUUGAAAAGAGUGUUAAUAACGCUGCCAACAAUACUCCCCAACAAACAUCGGUCGUUACAUUGUUUGAGGAGGAGAAAUCACUUUUAUUAAUGUCUGGUAAACUUUAUGGAAAUUUACUUGGUACAUUGGUAGAUUAUAUGAAUGAAUUGGUUAUGGAUAAUACUUUCAUGUGUACAUUGGUACCAAGUAUUAUCAUGUCUACUGACAAUAGUGAAUUGACCAAGGAACAAAGUGACUCUGUUUGCUCGUAUCUCAUCACUGUUCCAUUGCUCUAUGAAAACAAUGCCAAUCGUUCGGCUCUUUGGAGUGCAUUGUCUACCAUCAAUGAUCCAAUCUUCUUGUCGACCCUCUCAACCUACACUCACAGUCUCCUCAAACUCUACGAACAAGAAAACCUCACCUCUGAACAAUCGUCCAUUUUGAAUGUACUCUUGCUUCAAUUGGUUCAAGACUAUUCAUUGGAAUCUAAAAAGAAUAAUCAUCUUGCUCUUCUUUACAAGGUUUUGUCUUAUUCCAAUGGUAUUACUCUGGUUGGUGCAACCGACAAUCAAAAGUACCGUAUUCUCGAUAUUGUAUUACCAAGAUUGACAUCGACACUACUCAACGCCCUCCCAACCAAGGAGCAAACCAAGAUUGUCGAGGCUGUAUUGGACCUUUUACACUCGAGUACCGAUAUUGAGUGCAGACAAUUGGCAGCCGAAUCAUUGCAUUCUAUCAUGAUUGAUAGUACUUGCAUCCUCACCAUUCUCUCCAACAUUCAAGUUUCUCAAACUUCUAUCCCACGUAUCACAGCCAUCAUGGAAACCAUCAAAGAGAAUGCAUCAUCGAUUAAAAAGAUUGCAGUCUUGUUGAAACCAACUCUUUCCAUUCUCAAACAAUUGAAUCAAGUCAAGUCAAUUGGCGCCGCAUCGACCGAAUAUUGUAAACAAGUUUUAAUUACAACUAUCUUGUCCAUCUCUGAAUCAUUCUUUAAGAGUGAUAUUGAAUUGUUCUCGGAGCUGUUUGACAUUUCAAUUAUUCUAAAGUGUGUAGAGUCGUCUGGUGACUUGCAAACACGUAAUUGUGCGUUGGCCCUUUUGAGCCGUGUCGCUCAUCACGCACCCAAACACUUGUUUGAAGAGUUUGGCAAUAUUUUAGAGAUGAUCAAGUCGGCCUUGGUCAAGCAAGACGCACCCACCUUUAGAAUCCUCUGCGGGUUCCUUGGCGGUGUCGUCCCAUCGAUUGUCAACAACAAAGACUUGUCAUCGUCGAGCAAGAUCAACAUCAACUCUAUUUUCGGUCUCUUUUUGGAACACUUUAAACAAAUUUCCAACGACUAUUGCGUACCACUGUUCUUGACCAUGAUCCAAAGUAUCGAUUAUCAAAAGUUGGAUCUCCUAUUUGUUCAAAUGUUGGUCAAGCGUAUCAACCUCUUGCGCACCAUCAACGAGGUUGAAUCCAAGCCCAAGACAGCUGCCGACCUUGAAAAGGAAAAGCAAAUGGAAAAGGAGCAGUUGGGAGACUACAUCCAACAGGCCAACCCAACCUCUUCACAACAACAACAACUCGAAUCAUUCAACAAGUUUAUCGAACAACUUUGUGAUUGCAUCCCAGCCGCCAAGAUUUCCCGUGCCCUUUCCGUCUUGGCCAAGAUCUCUAGUCUCAUCUCUCUUGAAAAGGCCGAGUUUAUCGAAGACAAUAACGAUCUUGGUUUCAAUGACAAGGAGGUCAUCUCUUUACUCCACUCUAAAAAGGAUAACCGUUUGUUGCAAACUAUGAUUUUAGAGUUUAUCGAAGAACGUUUGUCAAGCAACAGUUACCUCGAAAACUUGACCUUUAAAUCAAACAAACAAGAAAAGGAACAAAUUGAACAAUGCUACCUUAAAUCAUUUGCCAAUUUACUCAUUCUUUUACGUCAAACUACAGAGUUUUCAGAACGUAUCAAAUCGACAACCGACCAAUCAUCCAAAGGAAAGGAGAAAUUCCUUAAAAAGAUUCUUGCAUCAAUUCACAAAUGUAUGGACAAGUUGAAUCAAUUAAUGUCGGUUGAUGGAUUUGUUGAUACCGUCUCAGAGUUGCUUAAUCAUGCUGACCCACAAGUACGUCGUCGUUCACUUGUCAUUUUCAACGACAAGAUUACUGCUCUCAAGAGUCAAUUGAGUGCCGAGCAAAUUGUCCGUUUCCUCUCACUCUUGGAUAGUUUCUCAAAGGUCAUCGAGUCGAGUCAAGAAACCGAUACCAACAAGCAAACUGCACUUCUCAGCUUUGAGAUUUUAGCACGAAACUUUGCCCAAACUCACAGUGCCACCUUUUUACAACAAAUGCCCAUUAUUAUCCGUGCCAUUGGACAUGCCAACCAUCAAGUCGUUUCCAGUUCACUCAUUUGUGUUGCCACCUUGUGUGCUGAACUUCAAGCCAAGAUUGUCCCAUACAUUCCACAAUUCUUCCCAGUCUUGCUAUCUACAUUGACUGGCAGUUAUGCAUCAAGUGUUGAUAGUGAAACAAGAGCCCUCCUCCAACUCUCUUGUGUCUCUUCGAUUGAAAUGAUGCUCAAAAAGAUUAGCAAGUUUUUGUCACCAUAUCUCCCCAAGUUGCUCAAUGCACUCUUGCAUCCACGUCUUACACUUGGUGCCUCGUCCAAGCUCAUGUCACAAGUACGUCGUGUCCUUUCACUCAUUACCCGUAAUAUCGAGUUCCGUCUUUUGUUGCCAGCCAUGACAUCAGCCUAUGAGUUUGCCGUCGUCUCUGAGAAUGAUUCCUCUAUCAUUUGUCUCUUUGACUUUGUCGGUGAAAUCUCGGCCAAUCUCUCGCCCAAGGACGUCGGUCUCCACCACCGCUCCAUCUUCAAGUUUUACCUCCAAGGUUUUGAGUUUAGACGUCGUUACCAAGCCAAGGUCUCCAACAUUGACCUCAUCGAAGAACACAUCAUCAGCAGCUUUAUGACUUUGGUUCUCAAACUCAACGAAAACCUUUUCAAACCAAUCUUUUUAAAGACUAUUGAAUGGGGUAUUGGUCAAUUACAACAACAACAAAAUCAACAACAAACAACAAAAAAGACCACGAAUCAACAAUCAACAAAACAAAAAGAAUCAUCGGACAGUGCUGCUGUCGAUUUGGAUAAUGUUAUAUUCUUUUAUAAAUUGAUGAAUUCUUUGGUAACCAAUUUGAAAACAAUCUUUGUACCAUACAUGGCAUACUUUUUGGAUAAUUCAGUCUAUCAUUUGACAGAGUUGAUUGUCACUACACCUACCUCUACUGCUGUAGACGCUCAAUCUGGUAGCAAACGUAAGAAGGGAUCUGGAUUGGUUGCCAACAAAUCAUCGGCUCAAGAAAGUACUCAAGAAAAGCUUCUAUGCCUCGUCACAUCUACCCUCCAAAAAUGCAUGUUUUAUGAUCGUGACCGUUUCAUUGACAAGCAACGUUUUGAAGUAUUGAUGCCUGCCCUCGUCGGUCAACUCGAAAAUCAAAUGGGAUCCAAUGGUGGCAAUGCCCCAUUGACCGCCGAUCAACUCGACACUUUUGCCAAACGUAUCGAAAACUAUCUCGCUCCAUGUAUCACUCAAUUGGCUGUCACUAUCAACCAAGAUCUCCUCUGGAAACCAUUAAACCAUGCCGUUCUCCUCAAGACUCGUUCCCCUUUUGCCAACGUUCGUUAUGGUGCCCUCCAAGUACUCGACACUCUCCACAAACGUAUGGGUGACAGAUUAUUGGUCUUUUUACCAGAAACCAUACCCUUUAUCUCUGAACUUUUGGAUGACUCGGUACCACAAGUAGAAAAAAUGACUCAACGUUUUAUUAAAACAAUUGAAACUCAUCUUGGUAGUGAAGAAUCAAUUAGUUCUUAUUUAUAA